AUGUCGCUCGAAGGCCCCGGGCGACUCGAGACCUGGGUGUUAACAGAGAAACCUGAGGAAGACAAAAGGCUGGGCAUCAUUUCCAGAACCCCCUAUACCUAUUUCUGGCCUGAGGUAAACGAGCUCAUUAUUUCUGCCUUUCUAUUGCUGGACGUACGUGUCCACGGUCUGUUUUACCUCACCUUACUCUGGACUCGGGAGCUGGCUCCCCGGCUACGCUACCUAUUGGUGUCUUGGUCCAAUGCCAGAAGCCCAUCCGCCCACGCCCUCGGUCUUGUCCCAUGUCCAUGUCCCACGUCAAUCUUCCGUCCGCCAAGUUUAAAGCCGUUCAUGCCUAUCCAAAGCUACUAUUCGUACAAGUUCAAGCUCAGGCUCAGGCUCAAGCUCAACCUAGGCCUAGACCUGGACAGGAGCCCUGACAAUCGCCGUCUGGCCAUGGACCAUGGAUUGGGGAUUUGUCCAGCACAGCGGUACAGCAAAAAAAAGAACCUCAACAAACACAAACCCUCCGUCCCGUCGUCCAAAAUUAAAUCCCCAAACACCGUCAUGACGGCCGGCCCCAUCCUUUGCGUCUCCCCGUAUGCCUGGGUCCUGCCCUCCGUGUCGCCGUGCUCCAUCCUCCAUGCUCGUCUGGUCCGCCCGUCGAGGAGAAGAAAAAGUGCCCGUAAUACGGACAAUGUAACUCGGACGGCCAAGUCCCACGUCAGUUCUUUCCUGCUUCUCACCGUUCCGCUCGCUCAGCGCUUGAGUGCUGUACGAGGUGUGGCCUGCCUGGCCUGGCCUGGCUUUGCUUUGCUGCGCUUCGCUCACCGGGCUUGUCGGAGAUACCCCGUCGAUCCUAAUCGGCCGCCAAGUCCCCUCCUGAAUCAACUUGUGCCGGCACCAGAGCUAUUCUACAACCAUCCCAUCUUUCUCAAGCAUUCCAGCUCUCAGCCAAGCCAACCGGAAUAG